ACGUUGAUUUUUUUCUCACUGAAACGAGGGAAUCGCUGUAUGAAUUGCACCCUGAGAGCCAAGCCCUUUUGGGCUUGUCAGAAAGCCAUCCAUCCUCUUUCCCGCUUGUAGCAUGCACCAAAGGGCCCCCUGAGUGCUUUUUGUCUUGUGCUUUCCUUUCGUGUAACUCGAGUGAUGGCAGGGGCACAGAUGAAGGUUGCCCAGUGGAACGUUUCCUGUGGUGCUGACUGCUCGUGCUGCUGAAUGCUCGUGCUCUCGCAGGUUGGCUUUGUGGUGGUGUUGGUUGGGGAUGUCUCCAACAAGCAGGAAGUUGGUUCUUUUCCUCCUGUUUUUGUCCCCUUGGCUGCUGAUUUCCUCUGGGAAGAAAGCUGUGCAUUCUGCAGUAAAGGAAAAAAAGCUAUACGUAAUGGGAAGGGACGAGGCUGCGAAAGCUGGAGGAAGGGAGCUGAAGGCGCUUUGAAACAAAGCAUGGGCCGAGGAGGGAACACCAUGUUUUUGCUGUGGUAAUGCUGAUACAAAGACAAUAAAUGCAGGGUUAGAAGGGCUCACUUGGGGCUAAUUGGGAAGCGGACCCUGGGAAGGAGAAUCAGGUCUUUGCUCUGUGUGUGGAAAUAGAAGAGCUGGAAAGCAACAUAUCUCUGUGAUGCAAUGUUUGUGAGAGGAGGUGAUAAGCUGUGUUAGAUCAGUUGAUACAGUUGGAAAAAAGAGGUGAGCUUUUAGGUGCUUCCUUCCUUCAAAUUCUGAUGAAAGGGCUUCAGAAGAGGCCCUGUGGCUUGUUUGCUGGUUGUCCCUCCAAUCUGUUGGUUGCAGCUAUCCUCUCACAGAAUCUCCCCCUCCUGCUGCUCUGCACAGAGAUCCUCAUUGCUACUGAGGUCUCUCCAUGGCCAAAAGGGCUCUGCCAUCCCUGUGCUGGGUAUGGAAGACCUGGUUUGGGCCAGGGAGAGGGGAGCAAGCUCUGCUGCUGUCCAUGAGCUCAUUGUCCCGAGUUUCCUGCCAGUAGCAGCUCUGGUACAGCCGUGUGUCAGUGCUGUGCCCGCUGCAGCGUGUUCCCAUGAAAGGAGGUUAACGCUGGGCAGUGUGAAAGCAGCUCCCACAAAACUCGUUCUGCUUUGGGACUUCCCAUGACAGGCCUUUUUUUUUUUUUUUUAAAAGCAAUCCACUUGGAGGAGCUCUGCCUACAAACUGGCUUUUCAGGUUCUGGGGAAAGCCGUGGCCCAGGGCUGAGCAACACCUCUGCUUUGUGUGGGGUGGGCCUCAGCCGGGCUGUGGGCUGGAGCUGGGGCUUCCCAGGUCGGCCCUGGGGGUGAUGCCCCAUGGAGGGAAGCAGCCCCUGUCGCUGGGUCUGGCCGACUGCGUGUUGCACUUCUGCAGUGGGGACUGAAAGCGCUGCAGCUGAGAGCUGAGCGUGAGGCAGGAAUAGGAAUUCCUUUUGGGAUCAUCAGUCCUGUUCCUCUGGAAUCCAGCCCCAGAGAGUAGCCAGCAAGUCCCAGCAUGUUGCCCUGAGCCAGGCAGGGUCUGCUGAGUGUAGCAUGAUAGGACAGUUUAUUUCGGGCACGGAGCCCGCAUGCUUAGAUAUAAAUAGUAAAGAUUUUAUUCCAUUCAAUGUAUUGGAUCUUUCUGCAGUGUGAGCACAUAGCCCAGUUAGUGCUGAAUGUCUGAGACGGGCAGCAUGAGCAGGAGUCCUGGGUUGUUUUCCUUUCCUAUUCAGUGCACCCAGCGACAGGACUGGCAGAGCACCCUGUGUGCUGCUGGGGCUGCUGCCUAUGAGUGAGAUGGGCUGGACAUUUCUGUGUCUUCAUCUCCAGAACUUUUAACCUGUCUUCCAUAAUCCUCGUGGCUUCUACCUUUCUUCCUUAGUUCUUUGUGGAGGCUUUGGCAUCGUGUGGAGACCGUACACCCUUUGUGGAGGUUCCACCCUUACUUGUGACCAAACACAAUGCUUAUUAAUGCCCGCAGCCACCUGCCUGUCACCAUUGUACGGCCUGUUUCAGUAGAAGGACUUAAAACUUGAGGAUGGAUUCCUUCUUUUUUCUUUUUUUCUCUGAGCUCAGAUGUGGAUUAGGUUCUUUUCAGCUGAAGAGGUGCCAGACCCUUUGUGUAACUUUGUCAUCAUCUGGUUGGAAUGAAGCAGACAGGAACUGUGCAGAUCUGGCACUGUUACCGUAAGGUUGCCUCCCUGCUGCUGGGUAUAUACUUGUUGUUUUAGGUAACCCAUGGAAUGUGUGCAUUGCUUGCCAGCUCACAGAGCUGUGUUGCAUCCUCUCUAGCUACAACUUGCGUUGUGGGGGCUGCAACCUGGAUUUAAUGGCAAUUACUGUGUCUGGCUCAUGGGUAAAAUGUCCUGGUGCGCCUGGAAAGUAGAACUAUAGAUUGAAUGGAUGUUAGGACUUAUUGCUCAGUCUGUUAGUGUCCAGUAACUCCUCUCACAGGUCAGCACCCGCCGUGCAAGUGACAGAAGAGUGUUCAGGAAGGAUGUUCCCAGCCUUGGCAGCAGUCAGACCCCCAGGGACGAGGGAAGCAAGAGGAGAGAUUUCACCUUGGAAGCCUGAAGACAAACGUGGGACGAUGUCGGAGGCACGGCAUGACAGCACGAGUAGUUUACAGCGCAAGAAGCCGCCAUGGUUAAAAUUGGACAUCCCGGUGCCAGUGCCUGUGCCGGUGCCAGAAGAGCCAGUGCAGCCAACAAGACGCCAGGCCUUUCUACGAAGUGUGAGCAUGCCUGCUGACAACAGCCGCGUGCCCUCCUUGCCUCAUGAAGUGAGGAGACCGGUGCUACAACGACAAACCUCAAUCACCCAGACCAUCAAGAGCAGACAGGUACGGUUUCAAAGGAGUCAGACCCUGCCUGUUCAGGGGAACCGGGUGGGCAGGAGUUCCCUGAGAAAGCGGCAGUCCCUGCCCCGAUCGUUUUUCAGAGGCACAGCUGACUGGUUUGGAGUAAGCAAAGACAGUGAUGCUACACAGAAAUGGCAGAGAAAGAGCCUUCGCCACUGCAGCCUGCGGUAUGGGAAGCUGAAACCUCAGGUCAUCCGGGAAAUGGACUUGCCCAGUCAGGACAAUAUUUCUCUAACAAGCACAGAAACCCCCCCUCCACUGUAUGUUGGGCCCUGCCAGCUGGGCAUGCAGAAGAUCAUAGACCCUUUGGCCCGCGGCCGAGCUUUCCGAAUGGCUGACGACAGUGAUGGCUACAGCAUCCCCCACACCCCCAUCACGCCAGGUGCCACGUCACUCUGCUCCUUCACCAGCUCACGCUCGGGCUUCAAUCGCCUCCCGCGACGGCGGAAACGGGAAUCUGUUGCCAAAAUGAGCUUCCGAGCAGCUGCGGCUCUGGUGAAGGGUCGCUCUGUGAAGGACAGCACACUGAGGAGAGCUCAGCGGCGCAGCUUCACCCCAGCAAGUUUCAUGGAGGAGGAUACAGUGGAUUUUCCAGAUGAGCUCGACACUUCUUUCUUUGCUCGGGAAGGAGUCCUUCAUGAGGAGCUCUCUACUUACCCGGAUGAGGUGUUUGAGUCGCCAUCAGAAGCUGCGGUCAAAGAUACUGAAGUGAAACCUUUAGACCAGACGGAUCUCACAGGAGGUGCCUUGGACAAAAAUGAGCUUGAAAGAAGCCACUUGCUACUUCCACUGGAGCGAGGCUGGAGGAAACAGAAGGACGGGGGCCUGGCACAACCCAAAGUCCGAUUGCGGCAGGAGGUGGUGAGCGUCAGCCCGCAGAAGCGAGGGCAGCGCAUCGCCGUGCCGGUCAGGAAGCUUUUCGCCAAGGAGAAGCGGCCGUACGGCCUGGGGAUGGUGGGGAAGCUGACAAACCGGACCUACCGCAAGCGCAUCGACAGCUAUGUGAAGCGGCAGAUUGAGGACAUGGACGAUCACAGGCCCUUCUUCACAUACUGGGUCACCUUUGUGCAUUCGCUCAUCACCAUCCUUGCUGUGUGCAUCUACGGCAUUGCCCCUGUGGGGUUCUCACAACAUGAAACUGUUGAUUCAGUUUUGCGAAACAGAGGGGUUUAUGAAAAUGUCAAAUAUGUUCAGCAGGAAAACUUCUGGAUCGGCCCCAGUUCAGAGGCCUUGAUCCACCUGGGGGCCAAGUUCUCACCGUGCAUGAGGCAGGACCAGCAAGUGCACAGCUUCAUUAAGGCCAAGCGUGAGAAGGAGAAGCACUCAGCAUGCUGUGUACGAAAUGACAAGUCCGGUUGCGUGCAGACUUCGGAGGAGGAGUGCUCAUCCACCCUGGCUGUGUGGGUGAAGUGGCCCCACCACUCCAGCACACCAAUGCUGGCAGGAAGCAAGAGGCAGUUUGGGUCUGUUUGUCAUCAGGACCCCAGGGUGUGUGAACAGCCAGCCUCGAUGGAGCCACAUGAGUGGCCAGACGACAUCACCAAAUGGCCGAUCUGCACAAAAAACAGUGCUGGGAAUUACACAAACCACCUUCACAUGGACUGCGUGAUUACAGGCAGGCCCUGCUGCAUUGGGACCAAAGGAAGGUGUGAAAUAACUUCCCGAGAGUAUUGUGAAUUUAUGCGGGGCUACUUCCAUGAGGAGGCAACACUUUGCUCUCAGGUUCACUGCAUGGAUGACGUCUGUGGACUCCUCCCUUUCCUAAAUCCAGAAGUCCCUGACCAGUUCUACCGUCUCUGGCUCUCACUUUUCCUACAUGCUGGGAUCCUGCACUGUCUGGUCUCAGUCUGUUUCCAAAUGACGAUCCUGCGGGACCUAGAGAAGCUGGCAGGAUGGCAUCGCAUCUCUAUCAUCUACCUGCUCAGUGGCAUCACGGGGAACCUUGCCAGUGCAAUAUUUCUACCCUACAGAGCAGAGGUUGGCCCUGCAGGAUCCCAGUUUGGGAUUCUGGCUUGUCUCUUUGUGGAGCUCUUCCAGAGUUGGCAAAUCCUGGCACGGCCCUGGAGGGCUUUCUUCAAGUUGCUGGCUGUGGUGCUCUUUCUUUUUGCCUUCGGCCUCCUGCCUUGGAUUGAUAAUUUUGCUCACAUUUCAGGAUUCAUCAGUGGUUUCUUCCUCUCCUUUGCCUUCCUGCCCUACAUUAGCUUUGGGAAGUUCGAUUUGUAUAGGAAGCGAUGCCAAAUUAUUGUUUUCCAGCUCAUCUUCAUUGCACUCUUCUCAGGACUUGUGAUUCUAUUCUAUUUCUACCCCAUCAAGUGCGAGUGGUGCGAGUUCCUCACCUGUAUACCAUUCACGGACAAAUUCUGCGAGAAAUACGACCUGGAUGCACAGCUUCACUGAAAGCAAAGAC